UCUACCACCAAAAGAAGUUCUUGUAGCUGAUCUUUACAAAGAAGAAAAUAUGAAGAAAGCUACGGCAUUGAUGAAACAUAUCGUUGCGAUGUUGAGUUCCGUGGCAAAGGCUAAAUCUAUAGCCAUAAAGAACAAGACAAGUGCUUUCAAGACAAGAGUACUCAUGUUGUCUCUUGUCAAACACAAGAAGCUCGGGUUCCGUUCGAUUUCCAACAAGAUCCACAACCUUUUAGGCCAUGCAGAUCAAGAUCAAGAUCAUGACGUCAACGACCAAGACCAAGACAAGACCAAGGCUAUAGUUCUCUAUAGUAGCAAGGCGGCAUCCACAAUGGCUCAUCAUCAUGAGGAAUACGACGUUCACGAGGACAACGACAAGUAUCCUGAUCUAAGGCAUACGUUGUUCGAAGGAGAUGAUGAUUUCGGGGACUUGGAAGAGGAAGGCCAAGGCAGUUCUGUGAUAGAUAUGGUGAGGAACUCCAAGGAAGAAGAAGGAGAGAAUUUUAAGCUAGAAGAUGAGAUCGACCAUGUCGCAGAUCUCUUUAUUUCAAGGUUUCAUAAACAGAUGAAGCUUCAGAAACUCUUGUCUUUCAAGAGGUAUCAAGAAAUGCUAGCCCGAGGAACCUAAACGGCUAUAUCCAUAUAUAAGAUCGACCAUAUAAUAUAUAAACAUGUUGGCGAUUGAUAUGAAGAAUAGAUUCAUAUUAUGAUCUUUUGCUAACGUUCUUGUUUUGUGUUGUUUAUUAUAAAUCUUUCGAGCUCGUUUUGUUUUAUAGGAUCACAAUAUCAUGAUCUCUUUUAUUAGAUAUGUUUUAUUCAACAUGGGCUUAAGGAAGGAUCUAUUUUGUGGAAUAUGUUUUCUUCCUCCUAGAGGUCGUAUUAUGUGUAAGCUCGAUCUUUAAAGUGUUACAAUAUUGGGCAUUCUAUUUUUUUUUCC